AUGCCAUUCGAAGUUAAUCGAUUCCAUGCCCUUGUCUUUGUGACGUGGCAACUUGCUAAUUUGGCUGUUGGUCAAUAUAUUUUUAGCAUUUUUGCGACAUACGUACCGUCGUUUAAAUGUGGGGAUGGCCCCGUGACAAGAAAUUGUCGCAUAUUUGAGACUUGCAACAAGUCUGAACUUGUCUUUGUUGAUGAGAUGUUCGCUUCAGCUGCCAUUGAAUUUGAAUGGGUUUGUUCACAUCAUAAUGCCAAGUUCAACAGUAUUCAAUUUGUGGGUGUUCUAGUCGGAACGUUAUUCUUUGGAAUUGCAUCCGAUUACUUUGGGAGGAAACCGAUAGGAGUUAUUGCGAUCCUAAUUUCUAUAUGUUCUAGUUUUGCAACAGGAAUGUCUCCAAAUCAACACUUGCUAUAUGUAGCCAGAUUUUGUGGCGGACUAUCUAUUGCUGGAGUCUUGGUUGUGGUAUGUGCUUGGAUUUUGGAAUCGAUACUUCCUCAUCAGAGAAUGGUAGUUCGCGGGUUUUUCAAUUGGGGCUGGACCCGUAUCUUUACUACGCUCAUUUGUUUUUUUGCCGGAGAAUGGAGAAUGGCAUCUUAUGUGUUUGCCCUAUGUCUGCUGCCUGCUUUGUUUAUGACAGUUUUUGUGUUACCGGAAUCUCCAAUAUGGCUGCACAGCAAAGGACGAAUUACUGAGAUGAUAGAAACUGAAAAGUAUAUGGCUGAAAUCGCCGGGGUCCCCUUCGUUCCAGUUGAGCAUCAUUUGAUUGAAUCGAAGUCUUUCUGGGCUGUUAUCAAAACGAAAGGAACAUUUUUCAAGCUCUUUAUCCUAUGGAUCUUCUGGUUUGGAGUUGCUGUUUGUGGUUUUUCAAACGACUUGAACUCGGGAAAAUUGGUAGGAAACCUCUACAUGAAUCAAAUUCUCUUCGGAAUUAUUAUUGUCAUUUCGAAAGUUGUUCUUCUUUUCGUUGACAAAAAUUUCGAUUGGUUCAAGAGAAGAACUCUUCACCAAGGUUCAAUCGCAGGGACUGUUCUUUGUUUUGGAGUUUUGGGCGCUAUGUGUCACAAUCACUAUCACGGUACUGGAGUCCUUGUAGUGUUCUUGAUUGGCACUUUGAUGAUUGAGUACACCUGGGAUGCAGUAUACUUGAUUACUAUUGAGUCAAUGGAAACAUCGUCAAGAACAAGUACAUCUGGAAGUUGCUCUUUCUUGGCAAGGAUGGGAAGUCUGGUCGCUCCGAUCCUCACCCAUAUCAGCACAUGGUGGCCACUGGUUUUCUACAUAACAAUCAUGGUCAUUGGAAGUAUCACUUUUGUGAUUUCCUACUUCUUUUUGGAGGAAACAAAAGACGUUGAUCUGGAUGAAGUUCACAUAGAAAAGAAAGAAGUAUCUCCUGAUGAAAUUCCUAUGCUUGAUAUGAAGGAAGCAUAA